CACACCCCGCGAAGCGGGUCGGGGAAAAGCGGGAGCGGCGGACAGAGGGGCCGGACGGGCCCUCCUCCCGGCCGGCAGCUACAAGGGGGCCUUCUUCCCCCUCCUUCUCCGCUCACCGCCCCCGAGCAAACCCGCCGGCCCCGGCGCCGAGCGAGGCGGCCAUGGCGGCCGCCGACCCUCCCGCCUCAGCGCGGCGGAGCCGCCCCAGCGCCGUACGCCCCGCCCCUCUCCCCUGCCGACGCCGGGGCGGAGCGCGGCGCUGUGAGGAGAGGAGGGCGGCCGCCGGGCCGGCGGGAAAAACUUCUCCGUUGUUCAGCACCACAGACAGGGCGGGCGCGGCGCCGCCGGCCCGGUAUGCGCUCCCCGCCGCCGCCCCGCAGCCUCCCCGCCGCCGCCGCCGCCGCCGCCGCCGCAGCCGCCCCCGCUCACCGCCUCUGUCCCCGCACGGCCGCGGCGGCGAUGGAGGCAGCGGCGGUUCUGAACGAGAGCGGAGCGGCAGCCCCCCCCCCGGCUGCCCGCGGCGGCAACGCCUCGCUGGAACUGUCGUCGCGGACCCCCGCGCCCGCCGCCCUCAACCCUUGGGACGUGAUGCUGUGCGUCUCCGGCACCGCCAUCGCCUGCGAGAACGCCCUGGUGGUGGCCAUCAUCUGCUACUCGCCCGCCCUGCGCACCCCCAUGUUCGUGCUGGUGGGCAGCCUGGCCACGGCUGACCUGCUGGCCGGCCUCGGCCUCAUCCUCAACUUCGUUUUCCAGUACGUGAUCCGCUCGGAGACGGUCAGCCUGCUGACGGUGGGCUUCCUCGUCGCCUCCUUCGCCGCCUCGGUGAGCAGCUUGCUGGCCAUCACGGUGGAUCGCUACCUCUCCCUCUACAACGCCCUCACCUACUACUCGGAGAGGACGGUGCUCUGCAUCCACACCAUGCUGGCGGGCGCCUGGGGGGUCUCCCUCUGCCUGGGGCUGCUGCCCGUCCUGGGCUGGAACUGCCUCCGCGACCGCGCCGCCUGCAGCGUCGUCAGACCCUUGACCAAGAGCAACGUGACGCUGCUGUCCGCCUCUUUCUUCCUCGUUUUCCUCAUCAUGCUCCAUCUCUACGUCGAGAUCUGCAAGAUCGUCUGCAGGCAUGCCCACCAGAUAGCCCUCCAGCAGCACUUUCUGACUGCUUCGCACUACGUCGCCACCAAAAAGGGAGUCUCUACCCUCGCUAUAAUCCUCGGGACUUUCGGAGCCAGCUGGCUGCCUUUUGCCAUCUACUGUGUAGUGGGGGAUCCCGACUACCCUUCCGUGUACACGUACGCCACGCUUCUACCCGCCACCUACAACUCCAUGAUCAACCCCAUCAUUUACGCCUACAGAAACCAGGAAAUCCAGAGGUCCAUGUGGGUGCUCUUCUGCGGCUGCUUUCAGGCUAAAGUGCCCUUUCGCUCCCGGUCCCCCAGCGAUGUCUGAGUGACUUUUCUCUCUGUCGUACCGCACCGAGUGACAAUCCACCCAGUGCCUGUUCUCAACUUCAAACUACGUCGUGAAGUCGUUGGAAACAUGCUUAAGUAUUAGCACUUUAUACAUGUUUGUAUCUCUGAGAGCGGUUCGGGGUACGGAGUUUUGGGUUCUGUGAAAAAAAAGCGUGGUUGUAUAUAAAUUUGCACAUCACAUUUGUAAAGUGAAGACAUUCCGAUACUGCUUAAUUAUAGCACCUUAUUUCUAGCUGCUGACCUGCCAAAACAGUGUUGCCUUCCCAAAGGGCAGAGAGAAAGAAAGUUGUGUUUGUGUUGUAUUUGUACGUGU